CUGACAGACUGGCACUCGGCUCACCGACGCGCUUCGGCUUUGCCUUCGUGGGCUCCCCGUCCCUAUGCUUAGAGGCACACUGUCUAAGAGGAUGCUGUGUAAUCCUGCAACAUUCAGGCUACAAUAAACCACACUUGACACGCACCGACGGACACCGGGCGCAUGUGACAGCGAGCGAGAGCGAGAGCGCGCGCGAGAAAGAGAGACCUUCCGCUGUGACCUUUGUGUGGCACCACACUGGAUGACUAAUCAAAGGUCAGCUUCUCUCGACAGCGGAUGGGGAGCUCCUGCCGAGUGGCGUUUUCUAAUCAAUAACAGACGUGUAUAACCACAUUUAAAAAUAAAGGAGGAGAAUGAGAAAGAGCGACCAUCAAGCUCGUCGACAACAGCGGUGACUUCAAUAACAAGGAGAGAGGCAGCUUCCCGCAGAGCAGCAGCUCGUCAGCAGAAGCAGCGGUGACAGGAGGCCUGGCCAGACGGGAGACCUUCAGCACCAUGGACAGCUCAGGUGCUUCAUCUCCAGAUAUGGAGGCCAAUUAUGGGGGAGGGCUGCUGGAUAUGGUGAAAGGAGGGGCCGGAAGACUCUUCAGCAACCUGAAGGAUAACCUGAAAGAUACCCUGAAAGACACAUCUUCUAAAGUGAUGCAGUCUGUAGCAAGUUAUACAAAAGGAGAACUGGAUAUUUCAUAUAUCACCUCUAGGAUAAUAGUGAUGUCGUAUCCAGCUGAAGGAGUAGAAAUUGGUUAUAGAAAUCAUAUAGAAGAUGUUAGAUCUUUCCUGGACUCCAGACAUAUGGACCAUUACACAGUCUUCAAUCUCUCACAGAAGCUGUACCGUAGUGCCAAGUUUCACAAUCGGGUUUCUGAGUGCAGUUGGCCCUCCAGACAAGCCCCAAGUUUGCACAAUCUUUUUGCCGUUUGUAAAAAUAUGCACAACUGGCUGCAACAGAACCCCAAGAAUGUGUGUGUCAUUCACUGCAUGGAUGGCCGGGCUCCUUCAGGUGUUUUGGUCUGUGCAAUGUUCUGCUUCUGUCAUCUGUUCAACAACCCAAUUCCUGCCAUACAGCUACUCAAUUCUAAGCGACCCGGAGCUGCUUUGUGGUCGUCCCAUACAAGAUACAUUGGCUAUGUAUGUAGCAUGGUUUCAGAAAAGCCCAUAUUGCCUCAUCGCAAAAAUCUUGUUUUAAAAUCACUCACCAUGUCACCAGUUCCUUGCUUCAAUAAACAGAGGAAUGGUUGCCGGCCCUUCUGUGAUAUCCUUAUUGGAGAAACAAAAAUAUUCUCAACAGCCCAAGAGUAUGAGAGAAUGAGGGAAAACCGAGUACAAGAAGGGAAGGUAGUGAUCCCUCUGGGAGUCAGCGUUCAUGGAGAUGUAGCGGUGUGUGUUUAUCACAUGAGGUCCACAAUAGGAGGGAGGCUGCAGGCAAAGUUGACAAAUACUCAAAUAUUCCAGACACAGUUUCACACUGGUUUCAUUGUCCCAGGGACUACCAUGUUAAAAUUUACAAAGCCAGAUUUGGAUGCUUGUGAUUCUCCAGAGAAAUACUCUCAGCUCUUCCACAUUAUUCUGGAGAUUGAAGUAGAGUCUGGCGACAAACAGAUGGAUCUUACUCCACCUUGGGAGCAGUUUCCAACAAAAGAUCUCAGUCCCAACAUCCUCUUCUCCUGUUACCAGGAGCAUCAAGAUGCCCUAGCUAUAGUAGGUCGGCAUUCUUCUGGAGAGCCAGAAUCACAACCAGACAGUGUAAGAAAUGUUGGACCUGGGCAGACAGCUUUCUUCUCUUCACUGGCAUGGCAAGACACCGGCAAGGCACACCCCAGUGCUGAAGAUCGGGCAGCACUAGUGAAUGAAGACAGUGAACCCUCUGAUGAUGAGCUGCUGUCCCUCUCCAGUCAGCAGAGCAAUGCCAGCAAUGAGAAGAUGCAACAGGGAACUCCAAAAGGUCACAAAAAAGCAGAAUCCCAAGCUCCUCCACCACUUGCUGAAGAUGUGGACCUUCUGGGGCUGGACUGUAGUCCUGAAGACAAGGCAUUUAAUGCUGGGCCCCAACAACCCUCGACUAACGCAGACCUACUUAAUGACUUGUUUGGAGCAAGUCCCUUCUCACCCCAGCCUGGACAGCCUGACAGCAGACCAUCUUCUGCUCAGACUACCCCACGAAAGACUGCUGCACCUUCAUCACCUUGUCACUCCCCAAUGCCUGAAACAGGUUUUGAUCUUUUUGGAAGAUCAUUUCUUGGCCCAGGUAAUGCAGGACACACUGAACCUUUCUUGAGUGUGACUCGCUCUGCCUCACCAACACCGCCGGCUGGAGGAAGGACGUCACCGAUUCCUCCUACAACACCAACAGUGAAUAUUCAGCAGCCAAACUUGAUGGGUGGAUGGGAAUGGAGUACACCUGCCCCAGCAGGAGGCUCUGGAAUGGGUAGCCGAUCAGCGUGCACAAGUCCAACCGGAUCUGUCAACAGCACUCCUACACAUCAAUCAAAACCACAAACCCUUGAUCCAUUUGCCGAUAUUGGUCAACUUGGAGCAAAUUUAACAGCAGGUGGUUCAGGAUUUUCUAGUAAGCCCACCACCCCUACUGGCACUGGAGGAGCCUUUCCACCUAUGGGGUCCCCACAAAAGCCUUCACCCCAACACACCGGAGGUGGCUCGUGGCAGCCGAACAGUGGAUACUCUUGGCAACAAGGGGGGUCGUCUUGGCAGGCUGGACAAAAUAAAGCACCACCACCUUCAGUGCCACAUUCUUCCCCACAGAAUAGGCCCAACUACAAUGUGAGCUUUGCCACAAGUUCAGCUCCGAAACCAUCUACAUACGGCGCCAAACCAAAAAUGGCAGAUGCCAACUUUGAUGACCUUUUAUGUGGUCAAGGGUUCUCUGCAGCCAAAGAAAGGAAAGGUCCCAGGACAAUAGCUGAGAUGAGAAAAGAAGAAAUGGCCAAGGAGAUGGACCCUGAAAAACUGAAGAUUCUAGAUUGGAUAGAAGGUAAAGAAAGAAACAUCCGAGCCCUGCUGUCAACAAUGCACACUGUUCUCUGGGAAGGGGAGACCAAAUGGAAAUCCGUAGGCAUGGCUGACCUGGUAACCCCUGAACAGGUGAAGAAGGUGUAUCGCAAAGCUGUGCUUGUCGUUCAUCCAGAUAAAGCAACAGGACAGCCAUAUGAACAAUAUGCCAAGAUGAUUUUUAUGGAACUGAAUGAUGCCUGGUCAGAAUUUGAGAACCAAGGACAAAAACCACUAUACUAAAAUUAUGGAACUGUCAUGAAGUCAAUUUCUUUGCUCUGUGUUGUGGAUUUUAGUUUGACAGCCAUUGUCACGUGCUUCUACUUUUCCAUUCCAUGCUGUAGUGCAAUAUGCAGGAUAGCUGUUUACUUGUCAUCAUGGUGUGCCCUGCUAUCUGGUCCAACAGAGAAAUGGAAGUGUUAAGGUUGUUAUGUACCGAGUGAUCGCGACUAAAGUUAAAUAAUUUAGAAACAGGAUGAUCCAGCAUUGAUAAGGCAGCUCUUCAAAACCUUCAUUGUGUUACAUCUUUUACAUUUUUCCUUAUGGAAAGUGUUUAGUUCAAUAGGAGAUGACUAUUUUGCCGUAUUCUGUGGAAAGUACGUAUAUUAGUUACAAACCUCAGGGAUAAUAAUGUUUUCGUGCUGAAUAGUGAUUGAGCCUUAAAAUGCUUUAUUCGAAUGAAGCCUUAUCCUAUUCGGAUGCAGUAAAAUCAAACAGUUAAUUAUGCAAUAUUUUAAAGCACAUUAUUUAAAAGCACCAAAUUAUUAUAUUAAAAAAAUUCAUGCAUCCAGUAAUAGAUCUGUCCACCAAAAAUGUAUCAUUAUGCUUACUGUAGCAUUUCACAUGGACCUGACCUACUGUCAUGGCACAAACUGCAAGCAUCAAGUACGUUUUACGUAUUAUUUCAAUGCUAGUUAAUUAUUAUACAGGCAACAAACUUGAUGUUCACUCUGAGUUAUCCAAUGGAUUCACGUUCAACCCACUGUUGUAAAUCAGUAUUUUAACCACGAGCAGUCACUACAACAGAUCUCUUUAAAGAGCCAAUCACAAAAUAUACCAACAAUGCACUGGCAAAGACACUUCUUGUUUUUGUGGCAGUGUUGUGUAAAAUUCCACUUAUUAUUUUACAUUCCAAUGCCCAGCACUCACUCACAUGAAACCUGUUUACUUCGGAGAGACAUUUCAUCAUACAGCUGACAAAAUGGCAGAAUGUAUGAAAAGUGUGGAAUUAUAAAAUCCUUGGUUAGAAAACUGAAAUGUAGUUCUUCAGGGCAGCAUCAUGUGCUCUUGGUUUCCAAGCAGUAGCUAAUUAUUUAAUAAUUUGGGUCGCUUCACCAAUAUGAUUAACAGCACUCUAUUAUCUGGAUGUAUUUUCUCUCUCUGUUAUCUGGACUUGUUUUCUUGUUUUCAAGUUGCCAGUGCAGUGACAGCAUUCAGAUUUACAAAUAGCAGUGUCUGUACACAUUGAUAUUUAUUAAUUGUUGGACUCAGAUGUGAACGUUAAUUAUAAAAAGAAUGUUGUAAGGAAAAUAAGCAGAAAGCUGAGUGCUUUACUUUUGGUUAUUCAUUCUUGAUACACUUCUGUUCUGUGUAAUGGUUUCAAAGUCAAGUUCAUAAUUGGGUUUUACACAGAGACGUUUCCAGGUAUGGAAGCCUCCCUCAGAUAUUUUGAUUAUUAUUACUUUAUUUUCAGAUAAUGUGUGGAGUUUUUCUUUAUGAGUUCACCAGGCAUGUCAGCCAUAGGAAGGCCUCUGUAUGAGCACUAAACAUAAAGUCCAAAGUCUUUGGUAUCCUCUUAAAUUUCCUUAAAUGAGUCUUUCAGUAAAUAGCAACACUGGACAACACAUUUUUAAAAAUGUUUUGCUUCCCGAAAAAUUCUGUUGAUUGUUAUAGUGAGCUUCAAGCUGAAUAAAGUUAUGAUUUCAGAUUGACUAUAUUAUAUAGGAAUUUGGAGAAACAUAAAAGUAAACUUUUAUUGAAUUUAGCAUGUUUAUUCGCAUAAUGAUGCUGACAUGACGCAUCAACCCAAUAAUGUUUUGCCACUGAUUUUUGUUUCCGUGCCCAUUGAUACUGCUUUUCAUUAAUUGCAAUGGUGAAGCCUUUCACCGUGUUUGUCACCGACUACACCAAGAUUAGCCGUGUUAAUGCAGAAAAUGUUUAGUGACAUGUUUUACUUCAUGGUUUUGUAUACUUGAAGCAUGUUGUCGACCAGAUGGACAUGGUUUAGUACUCUGUAGUUGCCAAGAAAAUUCUCAAUAGCAUCCUUCCAUGUCAUUUCCACUGGCACUACUAGCAGAUCUUCAAACUGCUUGUUAUUGAUGACAUGUCUCAUUUGUGAAUCCACAUAAAUGCCUUCCUUAAUCUUGGCAUCACUUAUGGGGAAUAUACAAGCUGCAGUGCCACCAUUUUUAGAGAUGAUCCAACUGUAGCUGUUGUACUGAAUAUGUAUACUUAUAAUAUGAGUAGGAAAUUACAAAAAUAGGUAUUUGCAAUAAAACAGAAUGUGACAGGAAAAUUUCAAAUUGAAUUUUGUAAUCAGCAGACUAGAACUCACGCAGCCAAAACCUUCAUUGUCCAAUGUAAUCACAGGAGGCCUGUACGGCUGCUCUGAAAUAUUUUGACAGGAAACAAAUUAAAAAAAAAAAACUGAAGUAUGCACCAAAUGUUCAGAUAUGAUGUCCUUCUGUUUUCUCUGAUCUGUGUAAGGCUGUCCCAAACCACAGAAAGCCUUGCAAUGAAAUUAGUAGGGCAACUGCACAACCUGCGAAAAGUUGUAGUCUGUGUUGUGUAUUAUAAGUAAGGAGAGUUAGGUUAAUUAUCAGUUUGAAAUGAAUUUAUAAAAUAAGCACACUACCCUAUCUUGAAAGACUUAGGUGGAAUGAAAACCAGAGAACAAUGAUUUGGAAAGUGAAACUCCUACUAGGGAUUUUCAGAGAGAAUACCAACUCCACAGCCAACCAUUACUAUCUAUCUUAUGACCGACACAAUAGAACCUGGCAAGAAAUUAACAAUAUAAAGUGUUUUCAGGGUGUCAGGGCUGCACAUCCUACAAUCCCACUCACAGUUGUUAACUGUGUGCAGUUUUUAUAUUCUUCAUGUGUCUUUGUGGGUUUUCCUCCCAAGUCCUAAUGAUCAGAGAGGCUAAACUGGUCCUGUUUGAGUAUGUGCAUGAGUUGGCCCUGUGAGGGCCUGGAACCCUGACUGGCUUGUUUCCUGCCAUGUAGAAUUUGGCCCCAGACCUCCAAUAAACGGAUUAAGCAGAUUUGAUAAUGCUGUGCUGUGUUACAUUCAGGUAGUGAUGGCUGAGACUAUGCAUUACAAUGACCAAGGCUGACUUAAGGGUACACUACGCCCGUAAUGCAGAGUUGGUUGCAAGUGCCCAAAAAUGAGGCAUCCAGAGUCCCCCUUUUAGAUCGAUGUAGUUGGAUCCAUAACUGAAACUGAUUAAAGAGGAGGUUAAGGGUUCCUCUUGGAGAUUAAUGCCCUCACGUUUGCAUAUGAAACAACAUUAUGAAAUGGUAACUGCCGUCCAUAAUUAUCAGUUAUUUUGGGAGCUGCUGUGCUGAACACCCCUGGCAUGCUCACUACACUUAAAACUAAGGCAUUAAGCAAUGCACAGUACAUGGAGGAAAGACAGAUGUCAUUCAGAUACCAAACUGGCCAAUUUGAUUUUUUUUGGAUGACAUUAAGAGAAAGUAAAAGAAUGAAUGCCCCCGAUAUCGUGCAGGUAUCAGUGUGAUGCUCAAGGUGAUGUAUGCAGCAGUACAGUAAGGCACCCUGACAUAAGGCAUUUGUGAGCUGCCUCAUUAAUAAUGGAUUUUAUCCUGUUGACUUUUUAUACAUACAAAUGCAUCUGGUUUAUUUAAUGAGCAAUUUAUAGAUUUAAUUAAAGUUGAUUUAUUUUCUAAUGUGCAGUUUAAAACAUAACUGUGUUAUGUUUUACAAAUACUGUAUACUUUUUUGUGAAAUCUGGGGAAUAUCUAUAACACUGAACACAAGCAGAAUUAAAUCCUGAGUUAACGGAAAACUCCCCCCCGACAAAUCAUAUUUUUAUAUUACUUACCCCAUGAUGUUUAUAGUGGUGGCCAUGAAAACGUUCUUACAGAACAGAGAUAACAAAGUUUCUGAUACAAUAAUGACCAACGCUGAACAACAGCAAACAAUAUCAAAAAGUCCUUGGGAUGUUGUGAGUAUAUAACUGGGUGACUUGACAUUAGGACAUUACAAAAACGUUUGACGAGAACAGGCUAUUUAAAGUUUGCCAAUAAUCCAAAAUAAUGUUAAGCUGAGUUUUUAUGGUGCCCAAAGUUCUAUUGUCAACCACAAUACUUGGUAACGCAUUCCAUGUGUCUGUAGUUAUAUGUGUGAGUAAAAACUUCCCAGCAUUUGUGUGAAAUUUACCCUCAACAAGAUAUGCGGAUUAUGCGACACAAGUAACAUGAGAUUUAUGUCAACAAUGUUUUUAUAUUGUUUGCUGUUGUCCGGUGUUGGCCACCACUGGCCCCUAUUAUAUACAAAAACAAAUUGUUAUCUAUUUGAGAUUAAAGUUUUCUUGGCCAUCAACUACAAAAUACAUGGGGUAACUUACAUAAAAAAUAUAAUGUUGGAGUGGAGUAUUCCUUUAAAUGAAGCAAUUCAACCCCCAAUAAAAGCAAUAGAUAAACUAUCCCGUGAGCACUUUUGUUAAGAGAAGGGGAGAGCAUGCAUUCAACUUUAUCAAUUUAAUCUUCUUGUGUUUGUCUGUACUGUGAAAUCAAAAUGUAGUGCUGAGAUUCACAUUCAUGAUAAAUAGAUCACUUGACAUUUCAUUUUCAGCUUGAUGACCAAGGCAGCCACUCCAAAUACUGACCAAUUAUCAGUGUCUGCCCAGCCUUCCUGUAGCAUAGACUUCUUUUAAAACUAUUAGUUAUGUUCUGACCGAGAUUCUUCAUUGGGCUGCAUUUUGGUGGACCAAUACACCCACAGAAGUCAGUUUUCCUGAAAGCAAAACACAUCUUCAGAUCCUCAUGCACUGGUUUUUGGGCUUGAGGUUGUUGCUUCUUCAGCCUUGGAUUGAAUGUCUUGCAGCCCACCAAAUGCAACAUAAUUUUGCAGCCAGAAGAUACUUUGUGAGAAGGUACAGUGAGUCGCUAAUGUUGUUCAACCAGUCUGAACUCGUCAAAUGCCACCCAGUAAGGACUGACCCUCGUAUUUUGACAGAUGAGGAUAGCUUACAAGAAGGGACAUUCUGAACUGGUUCUGUGUCACAGUGGGACAGGAGGAGAUUCUACAGACUUUUUCUAUUUUCUUCAAUGGACUGGCACCCCACCCAGCAUUCGUGAGCCCAGUGCGGCUGGGAGGCUGAGUUGGAUUAAGCAGGUUUGAGAAGGUUAGGCGAUGUUAUGAAGUUUGUUUGUGUUUUUUUUUUUCAUUUCUGAGAAAAUGAAAAGACCUGGGAUACAAAUGUAAAAAAAAAAAAUGUCAAAAUUGAUGUUUCAUUCUUGUAGAAAAGCAAGUGAGAAAGUUAAAAUGAGUAAAUGUAUAUAUGAUGGGU